CAUCGCUGCUCCCUUGAUUUCCAUCCGUCCAACCCGCAUCAACGCUACCAUGGCCGACGACGAGCGACAGAUUUCACGACUGUGGAGGGUGAACAGGACCAUUCAUGAGCUUGUCAAGGACAGGGGCUUCCUCGUCGCCGACAAUGAAAUCGACAUGUCCCUCGACCAAUUCAAGCAGGACUUUGCCUCCUCCGGCUCAGUCGACAAAGCCAAGCUCAACUUCUACACUCACCUCACCACCAACCCCGAAGACAAGAUCCUCGUCUACUACGCCGAAGACGCCAAUGUAGGCAUCAAGGCCAUGCGCAACUUCAUCAACACCCUCGAGCUCCAGAACAUCUCACGAGGCAUCCUCAUCUGGUCAGACAAGAUGACCGCCGCUGCUCGCAAGGUCAUCGAUGCCAUGCGCCAGCAGUUCAGGCUCGAGGACUUUGAAGAGGCGUACCUGCUCGUCAACAUCACACAUCAUCACUUGGUGCCCGAGCAUUACGUCAUGUCUGCGGAGGAGAAGAGGGAAUUGUUGCAGAGGUACAGGUUGAAGGAUAGUCAGCUGCCGAGGAUUCAGAUCAACGACCCGGUUGCGAGGUACUUUGGGCUGCAGAGAGGGCAGGUGGUCAAGAUCACCAGACCAUCCGAGACGUCUGGUCGCUACUGCUCGUACCGUAUCUGCAUCUGA